GUCUUCUUUCUCUUCUUUCUAAUAUUUUCCUCUCCAUCUUUACCAUGUAUUUAGUUACUCUGCUUUUACUUGCAUCCACCAGCUCUGCAACAUGCUACUACCCCAACGGAGACACAGACGCCAGCUAUCGCCAAUGCCCAGACAGUCUCGCCUGCUGUCUGGAGGGUGAAUCUUGUCUGUCCAACGGCCUCUGCUUUACCGGCAACUUUGGCAUUCUCUAUCGCGGUCUCUGCGCCGACACUACCUGGCCCAUUGCCGACUGCCCGAGGGCUUGUUAUACAGAAAUCUCCGAUGGAUGGGCGAAUCUAUUCCAAUGCAAUGACUCGACCACGUUGUUGACCUGCAGCCAUGAGAUCGAGACACAGUCUGCCUGUAAGGCAGCCAAUGCUCUGGGCACCUACACCUAUACCUCUGCCAACGUCACCGCAGGCCAGGUGGGGAUAUUCACCAACUAUUCAUCUGCCUCAUCGACGGCAUCUUCAUCCUCGUCAUCGACAUCUCCUUCAUCCAGUAUUUCAUCCUCAUCAUCGACAACUUCCUCAUCACCUUCGGCCUCAAAUUCUACAUGCCCAACACGUUCACAAUCGGAAAUGAUCGCUCUGGGGGCUGGACUGGGGGCUGGACUGGGCGUGCCUCUGUUACUUUCGACUGCCCUUUUAAUAUACUGCGGAGGACUAAGACGGGGAACGAAACCGCCCCAGCAAGUGUCUGAUAAGGUGGAAGUUGUAUCUGGGCAGCCGGCGGAAUCGGUUGUUCACUCAUAUGGACCGAAGGAGUUGAUGGCGCCGUAUAAGAAUCAGUGGGAGCUGCCUGGUUCUUGAAUUGGUAUAAGAAUUUUCAUUGAUGGCUAUAGGCAUAACUGAGUGUGUAGGUCAGGGUUGGGUUAUGACAGAUGACAGAUCACUAGUCCGAAUCUUCCCAACAGCUCUGAUGGUUUAGAAUGUAUCCCAGUUGCGCCAGAACCUGUC